AUGAACUGCUGCGACAACUCCGGUGCGCGAAAUCUCUACAUCAUCUCAGUCAAGGCCUGGGGCGCCCGUCUUAACCGUCUUCCCGCUGCCGGUGUUGGUGAUAUGGUCAUGGCUACCGUUAAGAAGGGAAAGCCAGAAUUGCGAAAGAAGGUUAUGCCCGCCGUCGUUGUCAGACAGAGCAAGCCAUGGAGGCGCCCCGACGGUAUCUAUUUGUAUUUUGAGGACAACGCUGGUGUGAUUGUCAACGCCAAGGGUGAAAUGAAGGGUUCAGCUAUCACAGGUCCUGUUGGAAAGGAAGCCGCUGAAUUAUGGCCACGUAUCGCGAGUAACUCUGGUGUUGUGAUGUAA